CCGUUCACACGUUCCUCGGCAGCGUCCUCGAAACCGGCGCGCGUCGUCCUUCGUGCCUCGCCGCCGCUGGUCGGUGCUCCGGAAUCCGGCGGUUUCGUCUCCGAGCUCGUUCGGUUUUUUCCGGGUUCCGGCGAUCGGCGCCGAUCGGGAGCUUGUCGAGCGGGCCGAGUUGGAGGAUCUCAUUCGCAGUUUUUAACUUCUUGAGUUGCGGAGGAGGAGGUUGGGGGACUCCGUUGGUGGCUCUGGAUGCGAAGAAGAGUUGUUUUGAAUCUGGAUUCUCUUAAAGCCCAUGGAGAAGCAACUUUUGGAUAUUCAGCCUGGUGAACUCAAAUUCAUAUUUGAGCUGAAGAAGCAAAGCACGUGUAACAUCCGACUUGUGAAUAAUACUCACCAACAUGUCGCUUUUAAGGUCAAAACUACAUCUCCAAAGAAAUACUGUGUCCGGCCAAAUGCUGGAAUUAUUGCCCCAAAAUCUGCAGGCACUUUCAAUGUUACAAUGCAAGCUCCACGUAGUGUGCCCACGGAUAUGAUAUGCAAAGACAAGUUCUUAAUCCAAGGAACUGUUGUUCCUCCUGGUACAACAGAAGAGGACAUCACGUCUGGCAUGUUUUCAAAGGAUGAAGGCAGGUAUGUAGAAGAGAACAAACUCCGGGUGUCCCUCAUCAGUCCGCCUCAUUCACCAGACUUGUCACCACUCAUUGGGACAUUUAAGCAGGGUCUAAAUGAAGCUCCAGUUAAAAACGAGCAAGAAUGGAGUGGAGUUGACUUCUUCUGUCGAGAGCCCAUGGUGGCUAAUGCUGUUGAAUACAUCAAGAUAGUAAACAAUGGAGACUUGCACGUGGAAAAGGAUGUAAAGUCAGAGGAGAAAAGGAACCUAGCAGAGGAGAUUGUGAUGAAAGCGGCAAGGGAUGUGAAGUCAGAGGAGAAAAGGAACCUAGCAGAGGUGAUUGUGAUGGAAGCGGCAAAGGAUGUGAAGUCAGAGGAGAAAAAGAACUUAGAGGAGGAGAUUGUGAUAAAGACAGCAAAGGAUGCGAAGUUGGAGGAGGAAAAGAACUUAGCAGAGGAGACUGUGAUCAAAGCAGCUAGGGAUGUGAAGUCAGAAGAGAGAGAGAACUCGGCAGAGGAGGUGGUGAUGAAGGCAGUAAAGGAUGCGAAGUCAGAUGAUAAAAAAACCUUGGCGGAGGAGAUUGUUAUGGAGGAGGCAAAGGAUGUCGAGUUGCAGCAAUUUGUGAAAACAAAUGUGGAGGAAGUGAGUUUAUCUAGAGAUGUUGAGGAGAUAAAGUCAAAACUAGACGAACUUGAAUCAAAACUCAGUGAGGCUCAGGAUACCAUUUCAAAGCUUACGGAAGAUAGGAGAUUAAACACUCAAGACAGAGCAUUUUGGAGAGAGGAACUAGCGAUUUUGAGGAGUAGGAAAAGCAGACAAAGAGUACAAGCAGAAUUCCCGCUUCUGUUUGUCGUCAUGGUGGUUAUGAUCAGCGCCACUCUUGGAUACCUUUUACAUUCUUGAAUCAGCAACUGUUUUAUACAAAGCGAGGCAGACUCAUACUUAGUGUGAUAGUAGGUAGAAAGGUAGGUUGUCACUUGUGAGAUUGCUCUUACUCUGGUCUUCCAUGGGUUGUAAAAGGCGUGGAGAGGCAGCUGUAGCAUCAACAUCUCUUAUCUCAGUAUAGUUUGCUUGUUUUAGUCUAUGUGGUUGUAAAUGCGAAUUUUAUACGAACAGAAUUUGCUUGGAAGCUAAAUUUAUUCUGGUAGACGGGUUUCAAGAUA